GUUUUGUUUUGGAUCCAGAUCCAAGGAUCUGUCUGUUUUUAGUCUAUAGUAUACAAAAGUGUUUAGGCUUCAUUUUGUAAUUGAAUAUCAGUUUCAAGAAACCCUAAUUGAAUAUCAGUCUAUAGUAUACAAUAAUUAGGGUUUACAACAAUAGGACUAGCAGAGUCAGAAAACUUCGCUGGAAAAACACUUGUUUAAAAAUGUUCAAAUUUAGUAGGGCACUUAUACUGUUGGAUCGCCAGGUUCAGUGCCUUGUUCGUGGAACUGAGUCAUUGCCUAAAGGUAUAGUGAGUGCAACCUCUAAUUUGGAAAUGCGGAGAUUAUGGGGUACUUCAAAAGAUCAGAUGAAAAGAAGGGAACACUCUAAGAAAAGUUUGUUGGCAAGUGCUGUUGGUAUAAGGCAGAAGAAAAAUGUCGAUCACAUUGUUAAGAAGUUUCCUCCAAAUAACUUUACAAUAAUGCUCUUUCAUUAUGAUGGUUUUGUCGAUCAAUGGAGGGAUCUGCAAUGGAGUGACAAUGUAUUGCAUGUCUCUGCAGUCAACCAAACCAAGUGGUGGUUUGCUAACCGGUUCUUGCACCCAGAUGUAGUUGAUGAAUACAAUUAUAUUUUCCUCUGGGAUGAGGACCUUGGAGUUGAACAUUUUGAUCCUGUGAAUUAUUUGUCUAUCGUGGAAGAAGAAGGGCUGGAGAUAUCUCAGCCAGCACUAGAUUCUUCUUUGUCAGAGGUGCAUCAUCGAAUUACUGUGCGUGUGAAGAAGUCGAUUACAGGUAAUCUAAAAAUACACAGAAGGACAUACAAGCAUCGUGGUAAUGGAAGAUGCUACUGGAACAGCACCGCUCCACCAUGUACUGGUUGGGUGGAGAUGAUGGCACCUGUGUUCUCAAGAGUUGCCUGGCGUUGUGCGUGGUACAUGAUCCAGAGUGACUUAAUUCAUGCUUGGGGCCUGGACAUGAAGCUUGGUUACUGUGCGCAGGGGGACCGGAGCAUAAAUGUUGGGGUUGUUGGCAGUGAAUAUGUAGCUCAUCUUGGCAUACCUACACUUGGCGGCUUUGAUGAAAAUAGGGUAAGAAAAUGGCCUGCAUUAUUGAACCACAGUAUUACAGCCCUUGCAUUUAAGAAACAGCUAACUAUCAUAGCCUUGAACUGGCUACAAACAAUUGAUUUUCCAACUGUUAACUUACUCACAACUGCCAUGGAUGGAGAGGAGGUGGUAAGAGGAGAAUUGUUAAAGGGUGUCAAGGUGAAGUCCUUGGAUCAAGUCUGAACGUUGCCACUCUUUAUCCUGAGGUUUUGGAUGUCUUGUCCUCGUAAAGCAUGGUGGUCAGAACUCACUUAAGCCUGUUAGGGAGUCAGACAUUAAGUGGUCUGUCCGUUGAGGGUUCAUCAUCAGCUACUCUACUACCGCUACUACUACUGCUAAUUAUAACAUAAUAAUAAACAAUUUUUUGUCAGUUGUCAAUUUUCAUCAAUGUUCUUUCUUUUCUUUUCCAAGUUAAACAGGGUCGAGAGGUCUCCCUUAUGAACCGUGAAAGGGGAGAGGUCAGAAAGCAGUCUUACAAUGAACUGGAGAUCUUUCAGGAGAGAUGGGAAAAAGCAGUAAAGGAUGACACUUGCUGGAACGAUCCAUAUCCACAGACCACAAACAGAAGCAGGGCCUUCUAGCAACUAUACAAAAUUGUUUUCCAUAAUGUAUAAUGUAUGUAUAUUGUAAUUUAUUCUUUUGCAUUAAUGUCAGUGAACUCUCUCUCUCUCAUUAGAAAAAGUGCGAGGGUGAGAGACGUAGUUGCAGUAGCUUAGCCUGUUUGAGCCUCCCUCAAGCACCGAAAUCUUUCACUUGGUGGCGUUUGAUAGCCGUGAAAAAAGUUUCUAG